AGAAAAACAGUCUACAGGAGGAACGAGCCUGUGCUGAAAGACAAGAGAGGAGGAUCUGGAAAAAGAGGAGGAGGAGGAGGAGAGGAGGCACCAAACCACCCACAGAGAGAAACUUUCCUCACACACUGUUUGAAACCUCACACUCUGUAUUUACGUCUGCUGAAAAGCUUCAACUGGCAGUUUGCGUUCGCAGCUCUGACUCACUGAGAACGGAGAAUUAAGGAAAGAAGGAACAAGACGGCGUGGAGCUGCAGGAACUGACGUUAAAGAGCCAGAGGAAAAACUACGCAGGGAGGAGACAGAAGACAACAGAAGAAGAGACAUUACAGACGUUAAGAGUCACAAGACGAAAUCCAAGGUGGAGAGCUCAGAGGGUUAAAGGUCAUCACACGAACUCCAGCAGGAGAUUCGGACACGAAGACGACACUGAAGAACCACGAGACGAACCAAAAUCACCAGGAAUUCCUCAAAGUAUCCACUGAAAACUCCAGAAAAACACACUCCUCUCCAAAUACCAUAAAGUUCAGCUGAUGUAAGAGGAGCGGACCUACAGAGGUGGAUCAUGGGAACAUCUUAGGGCCAUUAAGACAGAACGCCUGAACGCCUUCGUCCUCUGGUUCCACCUCCACCACACCCAGCCAGCAUGCUGGCCAGGUUAUCCCAGGGAAGGAGCUCUGCGGGUGGGGCCGGGGGGCUGCUGCUGCUCCCUGUGCUCCUGGGACUGAUGAUGAUGAUGAUGAUUAUGGUGAUGAUGACGGUGGUCGUGGAAGCAGCGAGCGUCGAUGACGUAGAGAGCGAAGAGAGCCAGGAGAUCCUGGAUGAGGACGAGGCUGUCAGCACCGAGAUCCUGGAGCAGGCGUCCUCUGAGCUGUCCAAAGUGUCUCCUCUCAGCUCCUGGCUGAUCUUUCGAAGAAACUCCAACAAGGGGGACAACCGGAGAACCAAAGGGUCCAGGCGAACCUCCAAGCAUGGUCUUCCAGGUCCUCCAGGACCUCCAGGACCCCAGGGGCCUCCAGGCCCACCUGCUCCCCUCCUGCCCCAACAACAGGAGCUCAUCCAGGAGCUGCAGCUAAAACUGAGAGACAUGGCAGGAGGAGUAUGUUUGAUGUGUGAUCGUCCUCCUCGUGUGUCCACCUCCUUCCUCAGUCGCCUCCUGCAGCCCGUCACCAUCCCACGCCGCAGUCUGCUGGAGCUGCAGCCGUUCAGCAAGCCCUCAGACUCCGAGCGGAGCCUCCAGAGGGGUCUGAGCUUCAACACCAGCACCGGCCGAUACACAGCCCCCGUCUCUGGCUUCUACCAGCUCACCGCCAGCCUCCUGAUAGAGUCGGGUGACAGAGUUCAGGUCCGGCUCAGAGACAGCGUGAGAGCAGCAAUCUGCAUCGAGUCGCUCUGUCAAAGCAACCUCUCUGUAGAGUCGGUGAUGGGCGUGGCGGCUGCUGGAGGAACAUUCAGCAUCUUACUGACAGGAACGCUCUAUCUACAGGCUGGAGAGUAUGUCUCAGUGUUUGUGGAUAACGCCACCGGCUCGGCCAUCAGCGUCUUGCAGGACUCUCUGUUCUCUGGAAUACUCCUGGGAGUCUGAACACACACGCACCAAACCAGUUUAUGUCCAUCAGCCGAGUGGUAACGUCGGCCUUGCACAAAUACAGAUUUGUUGGGGAGUUCCCAGAUCACAGCAGAGGUUUGACAUCAUCCCGUUUUCUCUGAAUCCUAAAACUCCAGAGAGUAACACCUUUUGACUUUGCAAUUACGAGCAGCCUGAACAGGACCCCAUCCCCACCUGGUGCGAACAUCUGUAUCAGGAUCUCUUAUCUGGAUCACACAAAGAAAAAGCAAAUGCACACAAAGGUCAGCGGCACCAUGUGAUCAGGGCUGUUUGAGAGAACGCUUGGAUCCAUGUGGGUGUUAGAUGUACAAACCUGAGACCUGCCGCAAUACAACAGGACCCGCCGGACCUGAUAAGACCAAAUAUAGUUCCGACCUGGCUCUACAGGAGCACGAGGAUCAUCAAAGACCUCUAGUUAACACCAUAAGUUAGUUGAUAUAAUACCUGUGACCGUCAAUGAGAGUCUAAUGUGGGGAAGCUGUGAGUGAAGUACAACCUGGGGUGGGCUUGGAGGACUCGGGAUAGAGCAGAUGACAUCGAACCGUCAUCAACCUCUGCCAUUUGCAUCUCUAUCACAUAAAAGCCACGUCUCCGUUCCGAAACCUCGCCGGGGUCACCCCUCUCUCUCCCCUUAUCCCCGGUCUGCCUCUUCACUAUCGACUGUCCAUUAGAGGCAAAAACGCCGAGAAAAUAAUCCUUACUUCUUCGUCUCAACUGUGUCUGAAAUAGGUAAACACUCUGUAAACGCUGUAAACAUCUGUUGACACAUCAUAAUACAAUCUGCAAACAAUCUGGUUUAAUUUUGCAAGAAAGGAACAUUGCACCUAGAAACCUCAACUGUUGAAGACUAAUAUUAAACUUGAAAUAUAAAAGUAUAUUGGGUAUUUACAAACUUUUUCCAGGACUCGCACACACUGAAACAAAAAAGCCUGUGUUGAAUGCCAACGGUAACAUCAUAUGAAACCCUCAUUCGUUGUAGGAUCCCAAGUCUGGAUCUUCGGGUGAGGUUGACGUCACUUUUGCAGUUUGCUCUAAAAUCUGUCCCGUUAGUCCAGAAAGAGAUGCAGCACUCAAUGAUGGAGGCCUUUUCUAGAUUGUCACUUAACAGGGAAGACUGCCAUGGACAAUGUCCAGAUAUUUAUUGGACGCACAAGUUUCCGUCCUUGGACUGAGACUCCGAAAAAUGAACCUAAGUAAAACGCAAAAGUUCAGUUCAUGAUGCCAGAAAUCAUCAUUUUGGCAAAGAAGACAGAGCUUGGGUGGUGCUGAGAACCCCUCUGAGACUCAUGUCAGAACUCAGAUCAUCUCCCGAGAACUGUUGUGUAAAAAAUGGAUUGGUUUUACUUUUUAUUUUUUAUUGUUUUUUUUCUCAUUCACUUAAAAGCAGCCAGUUUUCCUGGAGUUUUCAGUUUCAGUUUUAUUAGAUGAGCUGCAGCCUUCUGGGGAUCUUUUGAAGGCCACUGAUAAUAUUUUCAUAUUUUUACUUUGUGUUAAAUAUUUAUGUUUAAGCAGUUUCAUGCUAAAGCUUUGCUAGUAUUGAGUUGUUGUCCAAGAAUUUCUGGCAAAAUAUCCAAAAAGAUUCAGGCCACAAUGGCCAAAAUAAGUUAAAGCUGAAGCUGAUGAGUUUUAGCAGCUAACAGACGUUUCUUGAGGAGAAAAUAAUGAGAAUAAUCGCCUGAACAGGAGCAGUGUCCUUCAACCAAUAACUGAACCACCAACCUGCUCGUCACGGACAUUUGUGAGUUUCUCAUCUGAAACAGCAGCAGUGUUUUUCUGUACAGAUAGAUUUAUUGAUCGUAUGAUGUCUUUCCUCGUUUUACUCUAAUAUUAAUAUUUAUUCUCUGGAUGUGACGAACAAGUUGUGAAU